UGAAAGGGACUUGGAGGAAGUGUUGACAUUUUACACACACAAAACCAAGUCAGCAAGUGUCUUCCUAGGAACAAAGUCCACAAGCACAAAACCCAGCAACACCAGUAACCAGCCAGAGAAACAGCCUCAAGAGGAGCAUCCUGAGGUGGUGAAAAAAAAAAAAGGUGACCAGCCCAAAAGUUCAGUUGCAGAUCUGCCUGGAGAAGGAGCGUUAAAAGGCCACAAACCCAAAGAAGUUAAAUCAACCUUUCCAGAAGGAUGCACCUUAUUAAAUGCAGAAGAGCAAUUACCUCUGCGCAGCCCUCUGAGUGCUUCUUCCUCUGUUUCUGGUGCCACACUCCAGAGAAGUACCAGUUCCCGGAUACCAUCUCAACCUGCAGCCUCUGAAAAUUCACAGGUGCCUGGUCACCAUUCAUUGCUGGCUCCUCCAGUUGGUCCCAGGCUGAUUCAGGCCCCAUCCCCACUACCUUCCUCGCAGAGCACAGCUCCUGACAGCUCUUCUGUCUUCUCAAACCCAGUGUCCAGUGAGGCUUCUAAACUUGCAGGGUUACAUCGUUGUCAUUCUGGUAGCUACACCAUUGGCCCACUCUCAUCUUUUCAGAGAGCUGCUCAGAUCUACAGCCAAAGAUUGUCCCGACCAUCCUCUGCAAAAGUAGGUUUGUGCCAUCGCAGUCCAAGUGAGCAGUGUUUGGGCUCAGCCAGGAUGCACAAAGAUGCAGAAGAGACUUCUUCCCAGGGAAAACGUCGUAGCACCAGUACAGUAGCAGCAGAACUGCAGCAGCUGGCAGGAAGGCAAGCAGCCUGUCAGUAUUCCCCACCAAGCCACAUCAGCCUCCUUACACAGCAGUUAACAAACCUGAACUUGGCAAGCGGAGCCAUCAGCAAGGGGAAUGCAACCGUCCCACCGAGCUACCAGUCACCACUCAACAAAAGACGGUUGCUGUGGGCUGUUCAGUCAGACACUUGCAUAGCUGACAGAAGAUCGGUCUCUUCAGCAGUCAGGGCUCCAGAGAGUCACCGUUUUGCCUGGGAGGAAAAGACAGAGAACAGUGUCUACAACAAGGCGACACGGAGUCCGCUGGCACAUCCUGACCAUCAGCUCCGUUUUGCUGUGCAGCAACUUCAGGAGCAUAAACUUCAGUCACAACAGCUGUUGGAGCAAAGCCAAGCCCAGCACCAGGCUCUCUUAGCCAACUACUCAGAACCCAGCACGAGCCAUAUAUCUAUGCCAGCUGGCUCUGAUGCCCACAAGACAUCAAGUGCCACUUCUAGUAUCCAGAAGGCAGCCAGUUUGCACAAAGUGAUGCCAUCCCAGAGUGCACCUUCUCUGCUGGUUCCCAAGCCUCCAGCAAACCACAGACAGGCAGCGGUCAGAAAGACUGCAGCCCAGAGGAUUUCCAAGGUGACCUCCACUGAAAGGCAACUGAAUGGAUUCCAGACCAGCCUUCACAGUGCUGCGUCCUGUGAGCCAGAGACAAAUUCCACAG